GUUUCAGUAAGAAAAGCGUCGCCUAACGGUUUAGUACGUACGCUUUGCGUUUUUAGUUGGGGUAAUUUUGCGGUUUGUUCGUGUUCGUUCGUAGUUUUAUCACAACGAGAUAUCAAAGGAAAUAUAAAUAAUGCAUUGUAAUUGAAAACCAACAGCUAACAAACAGAAAACGAAAAAAUUGAAAUAGCAAUAGAAAUAAACAAAAAAAAGGAGGCGUAAUAAUGAAUGCCAUGAUGACAGCGCGUAAAAGUAACACUUGACUGAAGUUUCUGAAUAUACGCGGCAUUGAAAGCGAGCGCAACAGACAAAUUAAAAAUUAAAAGCGAGCAAGUUUCAUAAAAGCCGCCAUAACAACAGCAGUGGCUGACCGACAUAGCGCACAGCACUUGCGGUGUGAAAAAGCGCCAGAAACAACGCGUACACCCCGACAUUACACAUUAACACGCGCCGAGUGCUGACAGUGAUUAGUGACAGCUGAUGGUGAUGACGUGGUGUUACGAUUUGUAGCUGAGCUAAAAAAAAUAUUAGUUACUCGAAAGUGUACGCGGCGCGACGGUUGUUUUAAGAAAAAAAUAAAUAUUAAUAUUUCAAAAGUGUAGAAAAAUUACAAUUUCUUAAGACAUAUAACAACAAACUUUUCUAUAAUUUAAACAAAAAUUAAAAGCGAAAUAUUUGUUGCAUACGUUGGUGGCGGUUGCGUAUACGUAACAUUGCUGAAUUGCAGCUUCCUUCCGGUUGAAUGACCAUAUAAAACGCAGCAAUGUUGUUGCCCUCGUUAUAUACAUAUACAUAUAUAGCGAAAUAAAACUGUAGUGAGUGUCUAUAGUAUAUAUGCAGCAGUGUUUUUGUGCGAGUACGAGAAAGUGAGUGAGAAAACUAAGCGAAUAAGCGUAAAGCGUAGGAAGCCAGAUUGAAGUGCUAGCUAAGGCAACAAGCAACCUAGAAAAUACAAACACACGCACACACACAUACAUAUUUAUAUAAACACACAUAAAAUACAUAGUGGUCUACACACUUGAAGUAAAUAGUACAUAUGUGUGCCAUAAAAGUCGAGCUAACGAGUGCAACUAGCAACGACGAAGCGUUGCAAGUCAAGAUACAUGCCGCACAGCCAACGCUAGUCAGCAAUUGAAAACCGAAAGAAAAGUGAAAAUUCUAUUGUAUGCGAAUGUAAAACGGCACGAGAAAAAACACACACACACACAGAGAGGCAGAGUGAAGCAGAAAAAUAUUGGUAAAAUUGUCAUUAUAAAUCUAACAGACGCAGACGCUUUGCAAACGAAAAUCGAGGCAGCAGCAGCUGCAAGAAAAAAAACAAUAGCAAUAAGAGUAAGACAGCGAGGUGUUGGUGCGACAGUUGGAAGCAGCGGCGGCAGCAGCAGACGACAGCAGCUUUUACACACAAAGUGCUAUAAAUUAACGUACGACGACCUUAAGCGAAGUUCAGAGACAGCCAAAAGUAGAGGACAGCAGCCGUAGACGCCCACAACUAAGCCGGUUGAAAGUGGUAAACGGUUAGCAGAAUAGAGAAGAGAAUAGUGUCUGUGUGUGUGCGAAGAAGGAGAAGCAGAAGUAGAAUUUUAGCAACAGAUUUACCUUGCAAGCUGGUAGACCAAGCCGUCGACGCCGUUUGUUGACACUCUCACUAAAGAUAAAUCAAUAAGUGGAAAAGUACAAGUGCAACCACACACACACACGCACACCCACACAUACUUAGAGUACAUUUGGUGCACUUUAAUGUCCAUGCAGCAGUGUUGAGAGCGCAAAAGUAGCGGCAAAAUAUUUGAAUUGCCACGGCAAGCAAACGUCCAGGCGCGCCAAAAGCAAACGGCCACACAGCCACUCAGCCAGCCAGUCAGUGGCCUUCAACACCGCACCACACCACACCGUACAGCAUCAACUCCAUCCACUUUUUGUUUUUAAUAGUGUCAAGCCAACGGGCGCCCAGUUGCCGCCAAGUAAACGCCGCCACCGACGACUACCAUUAACCCAGCACUUGUCGUUGUUGUUGUUGUAAAACUUUGAAGUAGCAAACCGGCAAAAUUCAUUCGCAAAUUAUGUUGGCCAUGUCAACACUGAUGAUGCCAGCGCCCACCAUAGCAAUGGGCGCGCCGCCGCCGAUUACAAUGGGACCACAUAAGCCACCGGAAACGAAGCUGCUCGCCAUACAUCCGGCAGCUGUUGCGGCGGCAAAUGGCGCUGGCAAUGGCGGCGGCGGUGGCCAGCAGUCGCAUCUACAGCAUAACGGUCAACAUCCGCAAUCGCAACAACAGCAGCAGCAACAGCCGCCACCGAAUCAGCAACAACAGCAAUCCCAGCAGACGCAGCAGCAACAGCAACAAAUCUCAGUCGGCAAUAAUAACAGCAACAAGCCAGAGCAAUUUCAUAUUUUCGUUGGUGAUUUAAGUGCAGAAAUCGAAACGCAACAAUUGAAAGAUGCUUUUACGCCCUUUGGAGAAAUAUCAGACUGCAGAGUGGUGCGCGAUCCACAAACGCUAAAAUCGAAAGGAUACGGUUUUGUUUCGUUUGUGAAGAAAUCGGAAGCGGAAAAUGCCAUUACCGCCAUGAAUGGCCAGUGGUUGGGCUCUCGUUCGAUACGCACGAAUUGGGCCACAAGAAAACCGCCGGCGACAAAAUUGGAUGUUAAUGCCAAACCUUUGACCUUCGAUGAGGUGUACAACCAAAGCAGCCCCACUAAUUGCACCGUCUACUGCGGUGGCAUCAAUGGCGCAUUGUCCGGCUUUCUAAACGAGGAUAUUUUGCAGAAAACUUUCUCUCCCUAUGGCACAAUUCAGGAGAUAAGGGUGUUCAAGGACAAAGGAUAUGCAUUUGUGCGUUUCUCCACCAAAGAGGCCGCCACCCAUGCCAUUGUCGGCGUACACAAUACGGAAAUCAAUCAACAGCCAGUGAAAUGUGCGUGGGGCAAGGAGAGCGGUGACCCCAAUCACAUGUCGGCCAUCGCCGGGCAAGCACUAAGCCCCGGCUUUCCAUUCGGUACAGCAGCAGCGGCGGCAGCGGCAGCCGCAUAUGGGCAACAAGUGGCCGGCUAUUGGUAUCCACCGGCACCGACAUAUCCCACAGCUGCGCCCACGCCCGCCAACGCCCUACAGCCGGGACAAUUUUUGCAAGGCAUGCAAGGAUUUACAACCUACGGACAAUUUGCUGGCUACCAACAAGGAUAUAUGGGCAUGGGCGUACAGAUUCCCGGCACUUGGCAAAGUGUGCCACCACAAGCGCCGUUAGCGGGCGCUACCGCUCCACAAAUUGCACAAAGCGUCGGCAGCGGUCUGCCACAAGCCACCGGCGUUGUCGCCUACCCGAUGCAACAGUUUCAGGUUAGUCCACAGCUUGCUGAAGACGAAUGGCUAGCACCGAGCCUGCUAGUGUAGCUGCCAUGAUGGCCCGCAUUUGCAACAACAAAUGGAGCAACAAAUGCUGCCAAUGCUGCAGCAGCAACAACAACAUUAUGUGCCUGCACCAAAG